UCAUUUCAAAGGAAUCUGAGCUGCACUGUUGUUCGCCUCCUUUUAAAUUGAUGUUGAUUUUAUGAACGCUAUUCAAGGGAACGCACGGAAUUUUGGCUGCGACUGACAUAAAGAGCAAUAAAGCAUUUGGGACAAAAUGAUGAGCGGGGUUUCGCCUUCAGCAUCACCCGCUCCAGUUUCUUGUUCCUUGUCCAAGCUCCAAUUUCCUCUCCACCACUUGUCCUGGAAUACAGUUGCGCCUUCUACUUCAUCAUGUCCCAAGCUCAAAGGCUUAAGAUUUGCCAGCAGAAGGGGUUAUCAGAACAUUGGAGUUCGAUUCAAUAGAAGCAUCGGGCCGGGUGGCCCCGGCUCUGGCAAUGGUGACAGCAGGAGCAUUCUGGAUGCAUUUUUCUUGGGAAAAGCAUUAGCUGAAGCUGUAAAUGAGCGUAUUGAGUCCACAGUUGGUGAGUUUUUGGGUGCUGUCGGUAGACUGCAAGCUGAACAAAGAAAACAAGUUCAGGACUUCCAGGAUGAAGUGCUGGAAAGAGCCAAAAAAGCAAAAGAAAAGGCAGCACGAGAAGCCAUGGAGUCGCACCGGCUGAUUUCCAAGUCUUCCGCCAACACAGAAGUCGCAGACUACGCUGCUUCCAGACCUUCAUACUUCGCAACGGAAACAGUUGAUUCUGUCCAGCCUACCACUCCGUAUGAAACAACUAAUGAUCCUGAGAAAGAGGAGCCACCUGCUUUAAGUUCUUCAACUAAUGACUGACUUUUCAUUGAUGAAUGUAUGAGAUACUGAAUCCCUGCUAUGCAGAGGCUAUGCCUCUGCAGUCUUAUUAAAUUAUCAAGUUGACAAGUUCUACGUGUUAUUUCUUUAGUUAAUUAGUUAAUCCUUGUGGUUCCAAGAAUUUUAAAUUAUGUUCAUAUAGUUUAAAAGUUUAUGUUCA